UUUUGGCUGAUAAGAUAAUGGAGAUACAAACGCCAAAGAUCUCAAACUUAUCACCUCGUACAUUUGACGACGAACUCGUUACGGCCGUACACUUCUUGCAACAACAACAACUGGCUUCCAUUACUAUCACCAGACGAAGGAUCAACUCUCGAUCUAAUCAACGGCGUACUCGGAGUGUUAUUUGUCUCCGUGGCAUAUGCUGGUACCACCGUAGAUUCCGUAACAAGGCGAAAAAGUGCGUGAAACCGUGUCGGUUUUCCGAUUCGGAAAACGACCACGCCAGCACGUAAUGGCGACGGCGCAAGCUGGCAUAUGCGAGCCAGGUCGUCUAUUCUACUUGCGGGACGUAACAUCCGGCAUGCAAUUCCUCGUAGACGCGGGUGCCCAAGUUAGUGUAGU